GUUCAAUGUCAUGGCUGUCGUCAUACCUUCGGUAUCUUUAAAAGCGAAUCGUCUCAUGCAACGUCUUGAAAGCACCAAACUUGCUCUUUAGUCAUUCAUCGCAUUCCUAUCUCCUUCAUCAUCCAAAUCAAUUAACUCGCACACAGACAUUCCUAUUCCUCAUACUCUAACUCUCUCCCAGACACCAUAAAGUCAUGGCAGAAAGUGGACAGCCUAAAGGAGGCAGCAUCCUCGGUGAUGUCAAGUCAGCCAUCAAAGGCAUCCGAGGCGCCGGCGAUGCUCUACGUGGCCAAUUCAACGAAUCCGUCGACACGGCGUUCCAGGAUGGAGUUGGCGAGGCCAAGGACAAAGCCAUUAAAGAGAGAGGAAUCGCAGACAUGAGUCAAGCCGAUACUCGCUUCAGGAAAAGCCGUCAUGAAGUACCCACCACCACGGAUGCAUCUACGUCCACAGAUGGAGAUGUUCCAGUGACUGGAGCCGUUUCUGAUACAGGGUCGGCGCAGGCGACGGCUAUGAGGUCGACACAACGUACCGAGCCGGCACCUGAGUCUGGUGUUGGUUCAAGUGCCACAGCUGGUGAAUCUGAUGUAUCGACUUACCCUUCUGGAGGAUUCAAUCAACAAGGAACGACAACUAGAAAUGGAAACACACUCACUACCGGUGGACUACCUGGUAAUACUACAUAUGCCGAUCAGGGUGCAUCCACAGGAGCAGGUGCUCAUUCAGGAGGUGUCGGUAAUCUGGGAAGCAGUGUGCCUCAACAAGGGCUGGGCAGCGAACCUGCGCCCGCGCAUGAAUGAUAUUGAUCUGGAUAAAGGGAAAAAGGAGUGUGCUGCCAUAAUGCCCUCGAUGCUGUGUUAUAAGUUGGAGUCCUGACCCUUUGAUACCCUUGAUCUUACUUUGCCAGCAUCGCAUUGUAUCU